AUGGACACAGACACAGGCAUGCACCAAAACCAACACAACAACCAACAGUUCAAAAUCCAGCACAACAACCAACAGUUCAAAACACUGCACCACAACCAACAGUUCAAAACACUGCACCACAACCAACAGUUCAAAACACUGCACCACAACCAACAGUUCAAAACACUGCACCACAACAACCACAAACAGAGCAAGGACAUAAAAGAAGUAGAGAACAAGGAAACCAAGAAUUCUUAA